GAUUCUUUGAUCGACUAUAAGUAGAUAAACCUACCAUACCUCGCAUAAUCAUCAACUUUGUGCAUCUACCUUUCCAAUGGCCAACACCAGUUCCCAGAAAGGCCACCUGUGGAAACUGGCAAAUGCAUUUCAAGAGCUCGCCGGCACCGUCAAGUCCGACAAUCCACACAUCAAGGCCCGCCAGCUUGCUCAAGCCUGUCUUCUGUUUCAGAUGUCCAACUUCAAUUUCGGCUUCGCUUUUAUAUUCGCAGAUAUAGAACUUAUUUCCAAGGUGAAUUAUGUACAGAAGGCAGCGAGAGAAAAUGAGUCGAUACAAGCUUUAGUGGAGCGAGAUAUUGCACAAGGUUCGGCGAAACGGACUACCAGUCCUUCCCGAAACCUUAUUCGCUUGAAGCGAGUAAUCGAAAUGGUUGGGGUUAUCUUUGAGGAAAUCCUUAAAAACAAGGGAUCAGAUUCACUUGUUGAUCCAAUCACCACCGCUUAUGAUCAAGUAUUUUCCCCGUACCACGGAUCGACUAUUAAGGAAGCUUUUGCUGGCGUUAGGGAACUAAUUCCGACACGGUCCAGUGUUUUGAGAUUGCUUAACGAAAACGAGAAUUCGAUAAAGGAGCCACUGGAAAAGUACGCUGCAGCAUCAAAAAUUGUGGCGCAGUACAUCAAAAGCGUCUUACUAAAGAGCCAAUCGGGUGCUGCCCUACUUCGAUUGACUUGAUUUCUACUCAUCGAUCGACUACUGCACUCCCAGCCAAAAUAAGGAAAUUAAGAAAUUUCUAUUUGCACUCCAUUACUACUAGUCUUUGUUUUCAAUGUAUGAGGUGAUGUGGUCACCAUAAAUUUAACUUGAUCUCCUGUAUGCGAUGAAUUAGAACUCUAUAUAUUAUAUAUUCUGAUCUAUUUUCUUCCUCC